AUGGAAUAUGUAGAUGAAGUGGUGGAUUAUUCCGAUACCAAGGAGGAAGUUAUUCACUUAGCUCCCGUCGCCUUGGACGACACACUACCUCAAGUCCGCGACCCCAUUUCACAAGUUGACGUAGGGACUGCAGAAAAGCCCUUACUUAUUUCUAUCAGUGCUAAGUUGGCGGAGGACGAAAAGGAAACCCUUCUUGCCCUGUUAUGCGAGUACAGGGAUUGCUUUGCCGACAAAUACGAAGACAUGCCCGGCUUGUCCCCGGACUUAGUUUGCCACCGGUUACCAACUUAUCCCGACCGACGUCCGGUACGGCAGGACGGCCGAUUCAUGCGAACUGAGACUCUGAUCGUAGUCAAGGAAGAGAUCGAAAGCAUGCACCGAUCGGGAAUCAUUCGCGUGGCAAAGUAUAACGAAUGGCUGUCCAAUGUUGUCCCCGUCCGCAAGAAAAAUGGCAAGAUGCGCGUCUGUGUUGAUUACCGCGACCUAAACAACGCAACACCGAAGGAUAUAUACCCCAUGCAUGUGGCUGACCUACUCAUUGAUGCCGCCGCGGGGCACGAGGUGUUAUCCUUUAUGGAUGGAACGGCCGGAUACCAUCAGAUUCCCGUCGCUGAGGAAGAUCUACACAAGACCGCUUUCCGCUGCCUUGGUUUUGCCGGCGCGUUCGAAUAUGUUGUCAUGCCUUUCGGACUUAAAAACGCGGGGGCAACGUACCAGCGUGCCAUGAACCUCAUCUUUCAUGACAUCUUGGGGAAGUUGAUCGAAGUAUACAUCGACGAUGUGGUAGUCAAAACCAAAACACAGGCAACCCACAUUGAAGACCUGCGGCAGGUGUUUACACGGAUGCACCGACAUAACUUGAAGAUGAACCCCGCCAAGUGUGUUUUCUUCACAGAGGCCGGUGAUUUCCUUGGUUUCUUAGUGCAUCAAAGAGGCAUCGAAAUCCCAAAGGACAAGGCACAGGCGGUAAUCACCGCUUCACCCCCCAACACAAAGAAGGAGCUUCAACAGCUGCUUGGGCGAAUCAAGGACUACCUUACGAACCCACCAGUCCUGAUCCCACCUCGCGACAGUACCCCGCUUAAACUUUAUAUCGCCGCUGCCGACUUGUCCAUCGGCGGACUCCUGGCCCAAGACGAUGUGAACGGGGUAGAACACGCUGUCUAUUACCUUAGCAGGGUGUUAACUGAGUGUGAGACACGAUACUCACCAAUGGAGAAGUUGUGUCUUGCCCUAUAUUUUGCAGGGUGCAAGCUGCGCCAUUACAUGCUUGCCUUUACCACGGUUGUGAUCGCUCAAUCCGACCUGGUCAAAUACAUGCUCUCUUGCCCUAUCUUGCGAGGACGCAUCGGCAAGUGGAUCUUAGCCAUGUCUGAAUUCUCGUUGCAAUAUGUUUCGCAAAAGGCAGUAAAAGGACAGGCAAUAGCAGACUUUCUCGCUCAUCACCCACCCUCAGAGCUCACGGCGUUUCGCGAGUUGGAAUUCGCUGCUGUGGCACUCGCUCCAUGGACCCUGUACUUUAAUGGUUCACGGACUGAUACCGCAGCCGGAGCUGGGAUAGCCAUAGCCAAGCCCGCCGGAGAUCGCUUCUCCUACUCGUUCCAGCUCGAUUUCAAAUGUACCAACAACCAGGCUGAGUACGAGGCGCUGAUCAUCGGACUAGAGAUUUUGUUGGAUUUAGGAGUCCGCGAGGUUCGGAUCUUUGGCGAUUCUUUAUUAGUCGUUAACCAGCUGGUGGAAAAGUUCAAGUGCUUAAGCUCGUCAAUUGAACCAUAUCUGCGCAAGGCAUUUGAGGUGUUGGAUCGAUUCGACGACGUCUACAUCGAGCACAUACCACGUGAGUUCAACUUCGCCGCCAACGAGCUCGCCCAGGUAGCAUCCGGCCUUAGCUUGCGCGACGGCGUGCGCGAACGUUUGCCCAAGGUCGAGCGCCGUACUCUUCCCUCUUUCAUCGCUAGGGGGCAGUUUCAGGCCGCCACCCCCGAAGUUGCGGCCUUGGACCCUAUUGACGAGGAUUGGCGGCUACCAUUUAUCGCCUACCUCCAGAACCCCAACGACGCCGCUCACUCCAGGCAGAUACGUUUCCUCGCCUUAAACUUUGUUUUACGCAAUGGCGAACUCCGGCGGCGUGGGAAAGACGGAAACGACUUCCGCUGCGUGUAUGGGAACGAAGCUAAACGUGUCAUGCGCGAAGUACAUUGUGGAGUUUGCGGUUCGCACCAGGCCGGGCCAAAAAUGCGUUGGUUAAUCCGUCGUCAUGGGUACUACUGGCCAACCAUUCUGAAAGACUGUAUUGCCUUCGCCAAAGGUUGCCAAGACUACCAGGCUCACGGACCAGUGCAACAUAUUCCCAACAUCCCGUUGCAGCCCAUCAUUAAACCUUGGUCGGGUCGCGGUUGGGCGAUAGAUUUCGUUGGCAUCAUUCAUCCCCAUUCUUCUGAGCAACAAAAGUUCAUUAUCGUCGCCACCGAUUUCUUUACCAAAUGGGUCGAGGCCAAACCACUCAAGGUUGCCUCCGCCAACUCGGUGCGCAACUUUAUUUUCCGCUAUAUCAUCUCCCGCUUUGGUAUCCCGGAGUGCAUCGUUACGGACAGGGGGGCAGCUUUCAUGGCUGAUUCAGUUGUUAAGUACUUAAACGACUACGACAUCAAGCUUCUCCACUCUACGCCAUAUUAUGCACAGUCCAACGGCCAGGCGGAGGCUAGUAAUAAGGUUAUCCUCGGCAUCCUCCGCAAGAUGUUGGAGUUGAACCCGUGUGUCUGGCAUGAGGAACUCUACCACACCUUGUGGGCUUACAGCACUUCAAAGCGCGGCCCGACGGAUACUAUCCCGUACGCUCUCAUGUACGGUCAUGAUGCCGUCCUUCCCCUCGAGAUCAAUAUAGCUUCACUCCGCGUUCAGGAACAGCAUCAACUACUUGGCGAGGAUUACGUCCAAGCUAUGUGGCAGGAGCUUGAAGAUCUCGACGAGCACCGCGUCGCUGCUUUCAACAAUCUCAUCCUCGAGAAACAACGCAUCGCGCGUUCGUACGAUAAAGUCACGCGCGGACAGAGCUAUGCUGAGGGCCAAAAAGUGUGGCGCGCGGUACUCCCACUUGGGGAAAAAACCGACGGUCGGGGCAAGUGGUCCGCUCGAUGGGAAGGCCCCUUUAUUUUUCAUCGUAUACUCCCCAAGGGGGCAUACCACCUGCGCGACUUGGACAGUACCAUUCAUUGCAAUCCUAUUAAUGGCCGUUUCCUCAAGCGCCACAUUGCUGGAGUUUAG